AUGUCAGAUUCUCUUAUCAUCCGAUUUAACGUCGGUGGCACACCAAUGGCCACAUUAAAGACGACUUUUCCAGUGGAUUCCAUCUUUCACAAAUGGUUCGUCUCCAGAACAAAAGCUUCGCCGUUUACGAGCGACAAGGAUGGCGCAUACUUCGUGGACCGGGACCCAUUCUCUUUUGGCAUCGUCUUAAACUACUUCCGUCUCCGGAAAGCCGGACAGCUCUGGGAAGCAUGUCUGCCAAAAGAUCCGGACAGGUUGGCCAUGCUCACACAGGAAGCCGACUUCUUUUUACUUCCGCAACUCCGUGACCAAGCUAUCUGCAUGCUACAGCUUUGCAGCAACAAGAACGACUCGAAUUAUAUCAAUGAGAUGCUCUCCAAGAGUACCAGCUGUCCACAGGGAUUCGAACAGAAAGAAGAGGAGGAGGACUUCUAA